AUGGAAAAUGCGCUGGAAACGAAAGGACGAACAAUUUGCUGGAAGACGUUUACAGGGACUCUAAGGAGAUUUGCAAGAAGGUCUUCGAAAAGCACCUCUUCGAUCCCGCAGAUCAAAGAGGAAUCUCAAAAUAGGCAAAUAUUCGCCCUGCGGGAGCUCUGGCGUUGGGGGGACACGACGGCGAGAAAUCAAGACGAAUCACUGGGCUACGUUCUACACAUGAUGAUUCAUAUUGCUGAGUCUCUUCCUCGUGACAUGCAAGGAAUCUUGGCGUGCUGCUCACCGGUACCGCACCCACUGAAAGAACAUUUGUUGCUUAUUCACAGGAUUAUUUUGGAGGCUCGAGAUCGCGGGCUUGAGGUGGUGGAAACGGCAAAAAAGGAUCACCACGAGGAGGAUCUUUUCCUCUACAUCGACUACUCCCAUGAGAGUGUUUAUGGGGCAGAUGAG